UGCGUCCGCGAUUUCCUUUGGCUGCGCAUUAACACCGCCCCGCCUGCUACAAACAGACAAACAUUCGGAUCGCUUGACUGUUUAGACAUCUCUCCGACUGUAUUGCGCUACGAUUGUCGUGGAAUUGUAGCUUCGUCGCCUUCUGUGGUUGUUGUGUGAAAUGCAAUGAGAUUGCUCAUUUCAAAAUUAGUGCUACCGUUUUAGUGUCGAAGUGUCUUUAGGACACCACGUUGUUGUCGAGUGAUAACGAUGGACGCCUCCACAAUAGACUCAGCCAGUGACCACAGUAGUCACGCUUCCUCAAACUCGCCGGCCGUGGCGAUCAAGCAACCCUCAUCUCCUGUAAACAAUAACAAUCCUGCCUCCAAUAAUCACAACCAGGUGCAUAGUCCGAGGCAAGCGAGUCCAUUAGGACCCCCGAUGUCAAUGGCGCACACCCUUAGCCCACCACCGGUUAGUUCCGCCGGGUUAGUUCGAAGCAUGGCCUUAGGACAUAUGCCUCCCCCAAAUUUGGGUCUUUUAAAUUCUUUGGGAGUUCUUCAUAACCCAUUGGAUUUAAUGGCCCAUCAUGCUCCGCCACGGUCUUACAAUAGCCCUCCACCAAUUUCGACAUCAGAUCCAAGUGCGAACGAGUGCAAAUUAGUAGACUAUCGCGGACAAAAAGUGGCGGCAUUUAUUAUCGCCGGAGACACUAUGUUGUGCUUGCCCCAGGCCUUCGAACUGUUUUUGAAACACCUUGUUGGAGGGUUGCAUACGGUGUAUACGAAACUGAAGAGGCUAGACAUUGUUCCUCUAGUGUGCAAUGUCGAACAGGUGCGCAUACUUCGAGGUUUGGGAGCUAUCCAACCUGGGGUCAAUCGUUGCAAGCUGUUAUCAUGCAAGGACUUCGACACCUUGUACAAAGACUGCACCACUGCCAGUUCCAGGCCCGGACGCCCGCCCAAACGUGCGCCAGUAGGACUUAGCUUAGCUGCCUCCCACCAGUAUCAGCACCAAAUUAAGAAACACAGACUGGAGAACGGUGACUACUCCCCUUACGAAAACGGGCACAUGGGAGAUAUUUCUCGGUUGGAAAAAUCGCCUCUAUUAGCGAAUGGUUACAAUCAACCACCUCAUAUGGGUGGCCACAUGCCUUUUAUGCAACUUCCUCAUCCCGCCGCUGCUCAUUCUGCGCUACUUUCACCCGGAAUGCCUCAUAAUUUGUCGAGGCACGAUGGGUCGGUCAUCAAAAAUCAGGGGAUGCCAUCGAUGGAGGCAUUCGCAAGAUCGGGUAUUUGGGAAAACUGUAGAGCUGCCUACGAGGACAUUGUAAAACAUUUGGAAAGGUUACGGGAAGAAAGGGUGGACCCCGACAGGCCUUUGCCCCUUGAUCAAAAAAGCAGGGAACUCAAUUCACGAAGCGAGUCACCGAAUCCAAGUCCAGUUUUAAAUUUAUCGAAAAAUGCUAGUGGAGGGAGCGCAGGUUCUUUGGGAGAUGGGGACCAUUCGGGAAGCGAAGCUGAAGGUGCUGAUACGGCCCCGUCUCCCAGAUCUCCUACACAUUCUGCACCGGAUGAUGAUGACGAUGAUAACAUAUCCGAUCCAGAGGACGACGACGAAAAAGAUCAGGAUUUAGACGAAGGUGAUUUGCCCCUACCGGCAGCUCCGGUUAGCGAUCCCCAGCAAACAGCCCUGAAUUAUUCUACCCUGGCAAGUGCGGUUGCGUCAGCGAACGGCCCAGGACCGGAUUCGACGAUUUCGUCCACCGAGUCAUUGCUGCGCAACAUUCAGGGACUGCUCAAGGUGGCUGCGGAGAACGCUAGGCAACAGGAGAGACAAAUCAACUAUGAGAAAGCGGAGCUCAAGAUGGACGUUCUACGCGAAAGGGAGGUGAAAGACAGUCUCGAAAGACAACUGGCUGACGAACAAAAAAUUAAAGCUGUGUUGCAGAAAAGACUUCGCAGAGAGAGACGUCUCCGAAAAAGGCUUCAGCAAGAUUUGGAAACGGAAAUAAAACGAAAAGUGCAACUAGAAGAAGCUUUGAAAGCUGCUGGUGGUUCAGAACAGCUUCGAAUAAUAAACGAAAGUUUUCAUCAAAAUGAAACUCAGCAGCAACACCAACAACAGAAACUUCCAGGAAUCCAUAAGUCGGCAGCUAGCAGUAGUAGUUCUACAACAAACGCCCACAUGAGAGACGUUGCUGCUGAACGGGAACGUCUGGAACAGCAUCAAUCGUUGCAACAGCAGCAGCAAAGGUCCUCUGAAUCCUCCUCGGUAGGAAGCGUAGACCACAGAGAACCUAUGGAUAGUCCUCAGCAUCAACAGCAGCAGCAGCAACAGCAACAGGUCGCCCCACAUUCUUUUAUGCAACCCCCACGGGAAGCACCACCUCCGCCGCCUCCAUCUGACACUAAACCCUGGAGCUUCACUGGUCUCGAUCUCAUCAAUUCCGGCGCCGCUUUCUGGCAAAAUUAUUCAGCUUUUGUUGCAGAUUCGUUAGCUCAAGAACUAGAAAUGGAAAGGAAAUCGCGCCAGCAGGCAGAACGGGAAGUGAAAUCACCGCUACAGGAUCGUUCGAGUUAUUACAAAAACUCAGUGUUGUUCACUAGUAGUGCAACAUAAACAUGGUUUGUGUUAAAUUCAUAGUAUUAAUAAUAAAUUAUUAUUAUUCUAUUUAACAAAAUGAAUAACUGAUAGUGCGUAGGUAGGUAUAAAAUACGAUUGUAAAAAUGCUUAUCAUUUCUCAUGCAUUUAAUACCUAAAAUACGAUAAUAUAUUUAAGUAUAAGUUUUCGUCGGUAGUACUUACAUAUAAACCACGUUUUCUCAAAACUUAUUAAAAAUCCUCGUACGAACAUUGACCGUGCCGCUCUUCAAAGAACUGAAAACAACCGACACCUAGUUUAUUAUUAAUAUACAGAGUGUCCCACUCGUCAGUGAACGAACAAUCGUACAGUUAGAUCGUGAUAAAAUAGUUUGACACAUGUUUUUGUUUAAUUCUAUUAUUCGUUGCAUAUCAAAAAUAUAUGAAUUUUCAUUUUCUUUCAAUUCGGAAAAACUACAAAUACCUAUUGCGUGUAUCUGUGUGUAAAAAUGCUAAUUAUGGUAGGUAAAUGCCCUUUUAAGGGUUUCAUCGUAUUUGCACAUCGAAUAAAUCCGCAUUACGUGUUUAUUUUAUUAAAUAAUUGGAUGAUGCCCUUUCACAAAUUAUUACUUACAAGGUUUCCACAUACAUACCUACGUAUGUAUUAUCUACAGUCAACCUAAAUGAUAUAUAUAUAUAUAUAUAACUAUGCAGAGAGUAGACGUCGUUCGCACAUACGAGGGUCGUAAUUCCGCCGAUGGUCAUAUUUUCGCGAUAGUUACUCAUUAUUCUCAUUAAAAACAAAUUCAAUUUCAUUCAUAACCACUGUCAGAUAAUUCAUUUAUAUAAAACCAAUUUAUUUACUUCAAAAUAUAGAGUUCUUACCCUAUUUUGAGGGAUGAAUCAGCCGUCCUUUGCAGUUGAAUACGUGUUGUUACUCAUUCUGCAAGUUUACGUAAAUGAAGAAAUCCUUUUAAACUAACAGCUCUUUUAAUCGAAAUGUAGCACGCAGUUUUAGAGAACCAUUCCAACCAUCUAGGUAUAUUAACUUCCUAAGUAUUGAAAUUUUUUAGUGACAAACGUCACCACCUUACACAUGAGCAUUUACAAUAGUUGCUGGUUAUUUAUCAUAGUAUCCAGUGAAAGGUAUGUAUUUGUACCACGGUUUCUACAACCAGCAGCAACCAGCCUAAAUAUGCGCCCUGAUAAAGACAUCAUGUUUGUGCCAACGACGUCCGCUCCCUAUUAAUAACAAAAUAUUUAAAUUCGGAUGGUGAAAGUCCACCUGAUUGUGAGUAAUAAUAUUUUAUUCUUUAUUAAAUUGUAUUUCCUUUCGAAAUUAUUUAUCUUAAGAAUCUAGAAGUUUGUAUGUUACAAAGACACCUUUUAUACAUGGAAUUCAAAGUUUCUAUUUCUUCAAUUUCUUCAGUCAUUUUUUUCCUCGUUUAUCAAGCUAUAGGUAAGAUUCACCUACUGAGAAAACGAUAACUUUUAAAUGAAAACGAAGAAAAAGUUUUACAGAAUGUCUUUAAAUACAUUUGAGAUCAACAAAAUCUUUUGUGUACGUUGCUUUACGAUAUUUGAAUAUUUUACACCGAGUUUUUAUAGACGAUUGAUCAACUGUAUUUGUUUAUUCUUUUAAAGUAUUUUUUAUUGACUAGCGAGUCGGCUACUGUUCUGUUUAAAUAGAAAUUGAAGCUCCAGAAUUGUAUAUAGAUUCAUGAUUUUAUAUUACAUAUAAGAGAACAAUAUAACGAGAAUAAUAGUAAUAUUCAUAAUAAUACGAUAAUAAUAAGAAUGAUAAAUGGAAGUACUUUUGUAAAUGUAGGUUAAUAAAAUAAAUUGUAGAUUUUUUUUAUAUUUGUAAACAGUAAUUACUUCAUUGGGUCUCAAUUUCAUAUUUAUAUUUUACACUCUUCCUAUUUGUGCAUUGCAUUGAAGUUUUUGUAAAUUUUACUCUCGUUUAAAGCAGGAAAAUGUGUUAUUUGAAGUAUGUAUACGUUCUAAGACAAUCAAUGUCGCGAAAACAGAAUCCCAUUUCUGUAUAUUUCUAAUUAGGUGACUAUUUGUUUUCUGGAUGCACAAGACAGCUCAAAUUUGUCAUUUUGGGAAUCAUUUUUGAGGUUUAGGGGUUGGCGUGGAAUAGAAGCCCAGAAUCACUUGGCCCAAUAGAUAAGUUGAAAUCAAGUCCGAAAUAGCAAUAACAUAUCUUUAUUUAGAAAGUUUACGUACUAUAAUUUCUGCUUAAUUCUAAACAGGUGUAGUAACAUGCAAAAGGGAAAAAUUAAUGUACGCCGCGAGCUGUAAGAACGUCGCUACUAAUAAGUUGUGCUCCGGAAUUAGUUACUUAUGAUGCCGUUUGGACCAUAAAACCUUAUCCAACUGAUUAACUUCUGUUAUAUUAUAUAUUACAUUAAAAUGGCUCUUAUUUUUUUUUUAUAAAGUUAUAUUAAAGUUUAGUAGUUAUUAAUUAAAUGCUUCUUUUGUCUUUGAAAAUAAUCAUUUCACAUCUGCACAUUAUUGUAAAUUAAGGGCCGUGCCCAACGAUGUGAUUCUGGGUUCAUAUUUAAUUGUUAAUCUAAAAGCUUCAUUUUUAUGGAAAAUACCUCUCAGGCGCUAGCAGUAAUGUAACAUGUACGAUAAAUUUGAGCUAGUCUACAUGCCACUGCAUUUACGAUUAAGUAAAGGGCUUAAUUUUACGAUAAAAUCAUUAUAUUAACGUACUAAAUAAUACCAUUUUAUAAUGGAAUUCAAAAAACCGUCUGGUUAUUAGAACAUGUGCAAUACUGAUAUAGGGUCGUCUGCGACAAACGACCCUGACUACAUGAAUAACAUGUGUAUAUGUAUACAUAUACAUAGUUUUAUACUUUGAGUUUUGACCGUUCUUCGGAUUUAAAAAAAUUGUAGAUGUCUGAGAAAAAUGUCGAACCCGAUUGGGCGCAUGUCUGUAUUUAUUGUAUAUAUUACGUGUUUGUG